UUGUUGGUGCAACCUUGAUGGCUGUGAAAUAUCGUCUGCAACUCGCACUUUUAUUUGGCAUGGAACGUUGGACGGGUCGAGUCGCCGUGGUCACCGGCGCCAGCUCCGGAAUCGGAGCUGCAAUCGCGCGCGCCCUCGCAGAAAAUGGGUUGAGGGUGGUUGGAGUGGCGAGAAGAGUGGAAAAUGUGCAGAACCUGUCCGAGCAGUUAAAGAGGGAAAGUUGUAAAGGUGAGCUGUUCGCCAUCCAAGGAGAUGUUAAGGAGGAAGAAGAUGUCAAAAAGGUCAUUGCCUGGACCAGAGAAAAACUGGGUGGAGUCGAUAUACUCGUUAACAACGCAGGAUUAGCGCCUUUGGUGUCGCUCUUAGAUUACGAUCUUGUUGCUGCGAAAAAUAUUUUUGACACAAACGUGCACGGGCUGUGCCUUUUCACGAGAGAAGCUGUUAAAGAUAUGAGAUCAAGAGGAGUGGAUGAUGGACACAUCGUGCACAUUAGCAGCAUUGCGGGACAUUAUCUCACAGAAUUUGAGGGAACUGGACCUUACGCCGGCAGCAAGCACAGCGUGCGUGUGCUCACGGAGGCGCUGAGGCGAGAGCUGCGUGACGCGAAAACCAAAAUCAGAGUUUCCAGCAUCAGCCCCGGAUUGGUAGACACGGAGAUUUUCAAGGCAUCUGGAUUUCCUGAGGACAUGGUCGAAAACAUACACCAAAGCCCUAUUACCCUUCAAUCCAAGGAUAUAGCAGAUGCUGUGAUUUAUGUUGUGUCGGCGCCGGCCCACGUACAAAUUCAUGACAUCAUCAUCCGUCCAACUGGUGAAGCGUUCUAGAUGUGAAAAUCAACACUAGCACCAGGAAAACAAGAAAAUCUACCCAAUUUAUGGUCAAAUUCCAUAUCUGAGAGGUGUAAUAGAAUGCUGAUCCCCGUCCAACCUAAAUAAAUAUGCAUUUUUAAAUCUAAAAAUUGAUGAUGAUAUUUGUAAGGUAAAAUAAAACUGCACCUUUUAAUACA